AAUAUCCCAGCAGCCAGGCCCUAACUCUGCCCUUUCUGUUCACACCCGGAAGCCAGGCCCUACCUUGGGUGUCACCCAGGCCAGCAGCUAGGGAAAGAGGGCUCCCCAGAGCGAGCCUGUGCCACCGUCUGACCCAAUGCAGCACCUAGGCUCCAUCAUACCCGAGAAGUCAGAGGACCCGAAGGACCUAAUGCCCACGGAGAGGAAGUCCAUGUGGAGGACGGCCGACGAGAGGCGGAUGUCUGACCUCACGCGGGUGAUGGAGUGGCUGGAGCGGCGGCGGGGGAAGAAGCUGUCGCUGGUGCAGGCACAGCUGCAGAAACAAGCGCAGGCGCAGGCGCAGCCACAGCCGCAGGCCCAGCCGCAGCCGCAGGCGCCCAAGAGAGCCAGCAAGGUGCCAUGGGCGCCCCUGAAAGCAACUGGGAAGGAGGCCAAGAAAGUCAAAGUCACCUUGAAAAGGGCGAAAGAGAAAACCCGCCAAGUGACCUUCUCCGAGCAGGCCAAGCCGGGCCGGAGGGACGGGGACGCGUCCUCCUACCGCAGGCUCUACGGGGUGGAGCCCAAGGGGAAGCGCCUGAGCAUCGUGCCCGGCAACUACAGCAAGGAGAGCCUCGGCAAAUCCGUUUCAGAGCUGGAGAUGAAGGACUCGCUGGCCAUGGACACCACCCCGCGGCUGAUGUCCUUCCACCACCAGAGCAUGACGGACCCCACGCUGCAGGACACCAUCUUCGGCAGCCGGAAGUCCACCCUCCUGCGGGACUGGGUGGGCAAGCUGCCGGACACGGCGUACGAGCGCCGGCUGAAGAGCCUCAUGGAGAAGGGCGCGGAGCCCAAGGUGGAGAUGGUGAGGACCCUGAAGCCCGAGGAGGUGCUGAGCUGCCGGUACCUGCGGCUGUCCAAGAACAACAUCCGGACGCUGCUCAAGCUGUGCACGGACGCCGGGAUGGCGGUGGACAUCCACCCCCACAUGGUGGAGUCGGAGAUCGACGCCAAGAAGGUGUUCGCCCCGUACCCCACCGUGGCCCUCUAAGCCGCCCCUCCCCCCGCCCCACCCCACCCCCG